UAAUUAAUUUAUUUUUUAUUUUAUCUUUUCGUCCUUCAAAUCAGAUCCUCAAUUCUUUGCAGGUUCUGCCCAAACGAACGAGACAGUUGUGUGACAGAAGAGAACCUUGAAUCUUGGAAGUUGUAUUUCUUUACGGGAACGAGAGUUCUGCCAAACCUUUUAAUGGCGACUCCAGAGGUUAAUAAACCUCGUUCACUCCCUCCAUACCCCGAGAUGAUUUUGAAGGCAAUUGAAGCUCUUAAUGAAGAGAACGGUUCGAACAAAACGACAAUAUCAAAGUACAUAGAAUCCACGUACGGAGGUUUGCCUCAGGGGCACAAGGCACUGCUCAAUGUGCACCUUGCAAAGAUGAGGGACAGUGGUAAGCUAGUCUUUUGGAAAAACAACUACACCAUACGUGACCCCAACACGCCGCCCCGGCGGGGCCGGGGCAGGCCCCGAAAGCCCAAGGACCCUCUCUCCCCGGGCACUAUCGUUGCACCCUCCAGGCCCCGGGGAAGGCCCCCAAAGGAUCCAAAUGAGCUGCCACGCCCACCAAAGGCUAAGACCUCGGGUGGGAGUGGCAGACCGAGAGGGCGGCCAAGGAAAAUGGCCCGGCCCUCUGGGGGAUUUGAUGGCUCUCCACCGCCAAUGGUGGUUGGGGGUUCGCCUAGUGGGAGGGGGAGAGGGAGGCCUCCCAAAAUGAAAGGUCCAUUGGCGGAAAUUAGUGUUGAUCAAUAGGGUAACGCUUUUUUGUUCUUGGUUGUUGAAUCAUGGUAAUGUUUUUCUCUUCCAAGUGUUGGGGUUAGAAAAGUGUCUUUGAGUGUUACGUGUUUAGAUGAAUUGUUAUGUACAAUUUGUGUAGCGUUAGUUGAUGAUGAAGCUUUGGUGGUUUGUAAACUGUAACUGAAAAUAGGACAAUCAACCAUGGAUAGGACUUGAUGGACUCUAAAAUAUCUGAAAUUCAUGACAAGAAAUUUCUCGUGUGUGUA